AUGCAGGGCGCCCCUGGAGGAGGCCCGGGCCCUGGCCCAUCCCCUGUGGACAGGUGGACGCUCGUGGUCUUCAGCUUUAUUAUGGCAACGGUUUUGGGCCAAAUGAAUUUCACAGGAGACCAGGUUCUUCGAGUCCUGGCUAAAAAUGAGAAGCAGCUUUCAGUUCUCAGGGAUCUGGAUGGCCUGAAGUCCCAGAAGGUGGACUUCUGGCGUAGCCCAGCCAAGCCCAGCCUCCCUGUGGAUAUGAGAGUUCCUUUCUCAGAACUGAAAGACAUCAAAGCUUACCUGGAGUCUCAUGGCCUUGCCUACAGCAUCAUGAUAAAGGACAUCCAGGUGCUGCUGGAUAAGGAGAGAGAAGCCAUGGCCAAGUCCCGCCGGUUGGAGCGUAGCACGAGCAGCUUCAGCUACUCCUCCUACCACACCCUGGAGGAGAUAUAUAACUGGAUGGACAACUUUGUAACUGAGUAUUCAGAUAUUGUCUCAAAAAUUCAGAUUGGCCACAGUUUUGAAAAUCGGUCCAUUCUUGUCCUGAAGUUCAGCACUGGAGGUUCUCAGCGCCGGGCCAUCUGGAUCGACACUGGAAUUCACUCCCGGGAGUGGAUCACGCAUGCCACUGGCAUCUGGACGGCCAAGAAGAUUGUCAGUGAAUAUGGCAAAGACCGCACCCUGACAAACAUACUGAACGCCAUGGACAUCUUCAUGGAGAUUGUCACCAACCCUGAUGGGUUUGCCUUUACCCACAGCAUGAACCGCCUGUGGCGGAAGAACAAGUCCACCAGACCUGGAAUGUUCUGCAUCGGUGUGGAUCUUAACAGGAACUGGAAGUCGGGCUUUGGAGGAAAUGGUUCUAAUAACAACCCCUGCUCCGAGACUUACCGUGGGCCCUCCCCUCAGUCGGAGCCGGAGGUGGCGGCCAUAGUGGACUUCAUCACCACCCAUGGGAACGUCAAGGCUCUGAUCUCCAUUCACAGCUACUCUCAGAUGCUCAUGUACCCUUAUGGCCACUCUUUGGAACCCGUUCCAAACCAGGAGGAGUUGUACCAGCUCGCCAAGGACGCAGUGAAGGCCCUGUAUGAGGUCCAUGGGAUCGAGUACAUUUAUGGCAGCAUCAGCGCCACUCUCUAUGUGGCCAGCGGGAUCACUGUGGACUGGGCCUACGACAGUGGCAUCAAGUACGCCUUCACCUUCGAGCUCCGGGACACGGGGCGCUACGGCUUCCUGCUGCCGGCCUCCCAGAUCGUCCCCACGGCCCAGGAGACGUGGCUGGCACUCCGGACCAUCAUGGAACACACCCUGCAGCACCCCUACUAGCAACAGCGCUGAGGGCGGAGCAGGAGCACACACUCCCUUCCCCUAGGCCGGGGCUCCUCCUGAACCCCGAGUGAUCCAUGGUCCUCCCCACACCCU